AUCUGAACCUCGAGAUCAUCUCGAUUCUAUCGAUAGUAACCUCUAAGUCUCAAACUAGUUCAAAACAAACUAGUACGACCAUGUUCGCUUCUAGAUUCGCAUCCCGUGCGAGGUCCAUCGCCUCUCACCUCCCUCACCCAUCCCCCUCGUCCUCUUCUUCGUCCUCGAUCGCCCCAGCAUUCACCCGAACGCUCGCCUCGGUCUCUCCCAACCUCCCACCUCAAUCCGCCUCGCCGCAACAAGUCGAGGUGGAAAAGAACAAUGGCAUCUCCUCCUCGGAACGUCUGGAAAACUCUCGAGGUGACGCGGCGGGAGAGUCGUUGAAGCGGGAAGGAGGCGGGACGACCGAAUUGUUUGGGUUCGAGGUUACCAAGAAGGAGAGUUCAGUCGGGGGUAAGGAGAAGACGGAUGGGAGGCCGAUCUAUUUGGAUGCUCAAGCCACCACCCCGAUGGACCCCCGAGUCCUCGACGCCAUCCUCCCCUACCUGACCGACCUGUACGGAAACCCUCACUCCCGUACCCACGCUUACGGCUGGGAAGCAGAGACCGCCGUAGAGAAAGCCAGAGCGCAGGUGGCCAGCCUAAUCGGCGCCAGCAGCAAGGACAUCAUCUUCACCUCCGGGGCGACCGAGAGCAACAACAUGCUCAUCAAGGGGAUCGCUAGGUUCUACAAGCAAAAGAGGAAUCACAUCAUCACGACCCAGACGGAACACAAGUGUGUGCUGGAUUCGUGUAGGUAUUUGGCGGAACAGGGCUUCGAGGUGACUUACCUCCCCGUCAAGUCGGAUGGGCUCGUCGAUCUCGAGGUCUUGAAGGCGGCCAUCAAGCCGACGACGUGUUUGGUCUCGAUCAUGGCGGUGAACAACGAGAUCGGGGUCAUCCAGCCAUUACAAGCCAUAGGAGACCUUCUCCGCGCCCAUCAAAAGGCCAACGGCGGGCCCAAGAUCUUUUUCCACAGCGAUAUUGCUCAGGCGACGGGCAAGAUCCCCUUGGACGUCGAGAAGAUGGGUUUGGACGCGGCCAGUAUCUCCGGGCACAAGCUUUAUGGACCGAAGGGUGUCGGAGCGGCGUAUGUGAGGAGGAGACCGAGGGUGAGGCUCGAACCGCUCAUUCACGGAGGUGGACAGGAACGUGGGUUGAGGAGCGGGACGGUGCCGACGUUCUUGACCGUGGGAUUGGGAGAGGCUUGUAGGAUCGCACAGGAGGAGAUGGAGUCCGACCACGCCCGCGUCAAGGCCCUCUCGGACCGCCUGAUCGAUGGCAUCAAUGCCCGCGUCUCGAUGGUCGUCCGUAACGGCGACCCGUCCGGCUACCCCGGUUGCGUCAACUUGUCGUUCAGCUACGUCGAGGGCGAGUCCCUGCUGAUGGCCCUCAAAUCGAUCGCCCUAUCGUCCGGAUCGGCUUGCACGUCGGCCUCGUUGGAACCGUCCUACGUGCUGCGUUCCCUCGGCGCGGACGAGGCCAUGGCGCACAGCUCGUUGAGGUUCGGGAUCGGCAGGUUUACGACCGAGCAGGAGAUUGAUUUCGUCGUCGAAAAGAUUGUCGCCGUGGUGACCAAGUUGAGGGAGAUGAGUCCAUUAUGGGAGAUGGUACAGGAAGGGAUCGACAUUAAUACGAUCGAGUGGAGCCAACAUUGAUUGGAAUGACGAGUGGGUUUCAAUUAGACGAAAGAUAUCUGAUGUUGUACAAUACAAUUUUACGAUCCAUGAUCAUGACCUCGUGA